AUGAAGUUUUCAGCCACCAUUGUCGUCAUUGGCCUCUGCACCAUCCCGGCGGCAUCCGCCUGGGAAGAGAGCUGCACCCAGUUCAAGAACAUCUACGCCGAUGGAACUCAAUUGUGUGAGAAAAUGUGGGAUGAUUCCUUCACGGUUGUCGAUGACGAGAGCAUGGGCUACACCAUGUGGUUCUUCGAUCAUGACACCAACCCGAACAACGAAGUGACUGCCAAGAUCCAUGGCAAUUCUUCAACCCCAGAUAAAUGCCACUUGAAUUAUUUUCACAAGGAGAUUCCCAGCCCAGAAGAUGACAACAUGAGCGAAUGCCACCCUUGGCAAAACAACGCUUGUUGCAACAGCGACACAGUCGAGUCCGGCUCAGCUUUGAAUGCCGCAUACGGACCUGGAUUUGAGUGGGACCGUUGUGGACCCAUGAGUCAAGCUUGUGAGCGUUUCUUUGUUCAGGAAGCUUGCUUGUACGAAUGCGAACCUUCCGCUGGGCUUUAUCGUAAGUUCAAAGAGGAUCAGUUUGAUGACCCUGGCUACAAUGAGUGGCAGCUUUUCAAGAUGCCUAUCAAAAAGUCUUACUGCAACGCUUGGUACGAUGCCUGCAAGAAUGACUACUUUUGCGGCCAAGGUUCGUUCUUCGAGUGUGAGGCCUUUUACUGGGAGAACCAGAAAGCCAAGGAAGAGGCUGCCGCCGCUGCUGCUGCUGCUGCUGCUGCUACUGCAUAUGAGGAGGAGGGGCCUAGUUCUGGAGUUGUAAUUGGUCUAUCUGUUGCUGGUGCUUUGGCUGUUGCUGGAAUUCUUGCCAAUGUUGUCCUCAUUUCGAGAGAGAAAAGCGGCAAUCCCAUGUUCGCACCAGCUGAGACUGGCGUUUCUACCUGA